GAUCGAUCCGGACCUGUUUCGUCGUUUCAUAUAGAAGUUCUACCAAGAUGUCGACGAAAUGGCGCUUUUCACAAUUUAGUAUUUGUAUUUUCUCCGUUUAAAUUCAUUCCCGGCCGUUUAGUGACGUGAAAAAAUUGUUUUUCGAUGGAUUUUAAUGUACAUAAUCGAAUAGAAUAGUGUCCCGACGUUUAUCGACGUCCCCGAACCGAAUAACGGUUAAUAACUCACCACGUUUUCGUUUUUUUUUGAAGCAAAACACGUUUGUUUGAGUGAGAAAUCGUAGAAAUAUUUCCCAUACUUUCCUCGAAAAAUAUACCCUAUAUUGACCUUGGACAAAUUUAGCAGUACAUUUGUUGCCUAUUAACUCAUAAAUUGAAUUUUGGACUUUCGCAAGCCAUCCGGAAAUUGUGAUUGUGUAAAUAUUGCACUGGGCAAGUGAUAUGUGAAAAAUUAGGAAAAAAAGUGGUUUCAGAUGUUCUUGAUAUGGAAGUACGCUCCAUGAGAUUAGAUCAUGGGCCUAUACAGACUAAUAACAUGUCCUACCCUCCACGACAGCCAACUAAUCACAGACCUAACAUUAGCAACCAGAACGCCACCCAUGUAUCGGCAGCGGAAUUGUACAAACCAUCGAGGUCGCCACUGUCCAACAACCGAAUUCCCUACCCCACAUCCUCACAAUUGCAGCCUGCUGCUCCAUCGAGUGUCGCUCAAGUGCAGGCAAGGGUACCUCAGAGGUAUACUACACAAGGGCCGACCGCCGCCGUCGCCCCCUCCGUGCCGUCCGCCCCUUCACUACUCACUCCCGCCUCGCCCGUCUACCAUCGUGCCGCACCAACACACCAGCCGGACUAUGGCCGGCACACAAACCGGAUCUCGCUUCUGCAUCCGGAAUAUGGACCGGGUGGCCGACGGGACGCGUCCAACGCGGCGAACGCUUGCGGUCAGCAAAUUUUUCAUUCCGCUGGCCCCGGCGAACAACCGGUGAACAAGAAGAUGAGACUGGGAACCGAGAAGGAUAAUAUGCAACCAUUGAGGAUUGACACUAGACCGGGGGCGUACAAUCCUCAAGUAGAAGCGAUAUCUCCGACGUUGCCCGAGCAGAUCUCGCAAGAGGAAGCCUUUAAGACGACAAAGGAUGAGCUGAUCCAGCAAAUCAGCAAGGUGGACCGGGAGAUCUUAAAGGCUGAGCAGCAAAUCGUCAUCCUGAAGAAAAAGCAGGCGGAGCUGGAGGAGAUCGCGAGCAAGCCCACGAUUACUGGGGAAGUAGAGGAGGACACGGCGCCGAAACAUCAGAGCUUGCCGCAGAAAAUCUAUGCGGAAAAUCGAAAAAAGGCGCAGAGUGCGCACGCGCGUCUCGACUUGCUGGGACCGAAAGUGGAAUGGCCCCUGUACAACCAACCGACUGAUACUACCGUGUUCCACGAAAACAACCGAAGAAAUGUGAUGUUUAAAAAACGCUUAUUAGAAUAUUUUAAGAAGAAACAUAGUGAAAAAUAUGCAAGAAAUAACCAGUUAUCAGCAACUUAUAGUAAAUUGAUGCAAGAGUGGGUCCGGAAGGUAGAUAAAAUAGAAGCGAGCACGAAGAGGAAAGUGAAAGAAGCUAAAAAUAGAGAGUUCUUCGAGAAGAUCUUUCCCGAAGUACGGAGGCAGCGAGAGAAUAAAGAAAGGUUUAACAGGGUAGGCUCCAGAGUUAAAUCCGAGGCAGACAUGGAAGAGAUUAUGGACAACCUUCAAGAACAAGCCCUUGAAGACAAAAAAAUGCGAAGCCUCGCGGUAAUACCACCAAUCAUUUUCGACCUAAAAGAAAAACGAAUCCGGUAUACGGAUAAUAACAAUUUUGUAGAGGAUAUGGAUGCUGUGUAUAAGAGUCGAGAAUACCUAAACAUUUGGACGACGGGCGAAAAGGAAACAUUCAAAGAAAAGUACUUGCAGCAUCCUAAAAACUUUUACCAAAUAAGCCAGGCGCUGGGUGAAAGGAAGAGUGUGCAGGAGUGCGUGCAGCAAUACUAUCUUAGUAAGAAAACCGAAAACUACAAACAAUUACUGCGGAAGAACAAGCGUGAGAAGUUACGCGAAAAAAUCCGACAGUCGAGAAAUUCGGGGAAGGGUAACAAUAAUCCGAAUUUGUCCUUAGUAGAUACGUUAACAACGGGUGUAACGACGAGAUUGCAACGUGAGCAGCAGCAGCGCACGGAAGGUUCGUCGCGAUCUGCGGAAGCGUCCUCUUCAGCGACCGCCGCCGUAUCUACGGAAACUGCGAGCGCUGCAUCCGCCGCGAACAAUUCGUCGCCACCACCACCAGCAAUCGGGACGUCAGCAUCUCCAAGUCCGUUAAGUUUAGGAGGAACGACUACCACGAGCACCACGACCACGACCGCAUCGAGCAGUACCAGUGGUGCCACUAGUACUACGGCGACGGCAAGUACGGGGGACUGGACUGGGACGACGAGCACUACAUCGUCGACUCAGGGUCCUCCGAAAAGCCCGUCGCAGUCCACCUCAAUCACCUCCACUACCCCCUCUUCGUCUGUGAUUUUAACAUCCUCAUCUGCGUCGUCGGCAUCCACCGUCGCGACGCCUUCGACGACGUCCACCACCACGUCGACGCCCUCGACGUCUACGACUACGGUGACGUCGACCGAUGCGGUGACGUCGGUCGUGACGCCUUCAGAGUCAACAGCCGCUACUGCCGAAGACGAAUCGGCGUCCAAGGAUUCUUCUGUGGUUAAGUUCAACGAUUUUAACUCAUUUGAGGACUACAAUAACAGGAAGAAGUUUUUUGGAGAUAAUGUCGGCGGUGGGCCUACUUCCAAUGGGGAAAAAGAACUGGAGACAAAAGAAGAAAAAGACAAAGAGAACAUUACUGCAGAGAAAAAGGAUGGAGAUAGUACAGGCACCACCAGUGACGCUCUUUGUGAUCGAACUACGUCAGUUUCGACACCGACGCCAGAGAACAAAAAGAAAAAAGAGCGGCGGAAAGAAAAUCCAUCCGUCGAAUCCAGUGAUGAAGACGCCUCUAGUUUACAAGAUAAAACCAUCCAAGGAAACUGCGCGGUAUGCAAUGCCCAACUCGGUCCGCAACUACACUCUAGACCUUUGCAACCGAGCCACGCUUCCCAAUAUGGCCUCAGAGAGGAUCAAGUUACUAUAAACUCUCGGGUUUGCAACACUUGUCGGUGUAAGUGUGUCCGUUCUCGAUACACUCACUGCCCACUUCCUAGCUGUCCAAACUCUCGAGGAAGAGUAAAACGAUUACGAUCGUUCCCUUAUCGCCUUCAAGAUCUGCCAGCGGAUGUAAAAGAUCCAAUCUUACAAGAAUUUAGGAUUCCUAGUGGGGUGACAAAGUGUUGCUCUGCGUGUUUCAAUAGAAUCCAAAGGAGACUGGGUCCUGUAGAGGAAUGGCCCGAAGAAGAAGUGAACCAGUUAAAGUCGGCUCUGACUGAACUGGGGGCCAACUGGCAACUAGUCGGCGACAGGCUUAAUAAAUUGGGCCAUCAAGUGCGGAGCUUUUACGCUGCCAAUCGAAAAAGAUUAAAUUUGGAGAGUUGCCUUGGUGACCGCAAACCAACUUUAACAGACGAAGAAGAAUCUGGAUCCAGCACGUCAAGUUGUGAUGAACCCUUAAGAGAACGAGAACGGCACUCAAGCGAUACAACGAGUGCAGCUGAAAGCCCUCCAGUACCUGCUAAUCAAAACGCAGUGAAAAAAGAAGAUUACGAUUCCAGUGCGACUGAGACCGCUGACGAAGCUCAAACCGAUCAUUACCAGACUGCAACAAUUACACCGGUUGCUAACGAUUAUCAGCCGCGACCUCCACAAAUGAAUAAUUCUGUAACGAGUGUGAAGGAGCUGGUUAUGAACGUCAUUGAGAUAUCUUUAAAUAAAAAUUCCGGGGGACCACCAACCCUGCCAGUUCAAGGCCAAGGUUUGGCACCCACAAUAUCCUCCAUUUUGAAUAAUGAUUCCAAUGAAGUAACAAUAGUCAGCGAGUAUAAUUUGAACACUAUGCCUAACAGAUCUCAACCUCCCUUACAAUCUAGAGCUGACAUAAGCUUAGCGAAACUAGCAAAUACCAUUGGAGCAACAAUUACGCCCGUAACUGGGCCAAUUCGAACCCAACCCCAACCUGAAACUGUCCCAAGUACUAGAGAUGACCUUGUUGUCGUACAAGUAGCAGACGCCAGAGAAACUGUUCCUGAAACCCUAGAUCUUAGCAUUAAAAAACCGAGGGAGCCCAUGCCAGCAGCCCAUGCAAAACAUUUACAACCUCCAUCGAUCCAUAGAUCAGAACCUGCGUACAUGUACCAUGAGAGAAAAAGUCCCGCAUUUAUUCGUACAUCCCAACAAGUUAAAUUACCAAGUCCGCAGCCAGCCAAUACAAAGGCUGGGUCCAUUACUUUGGGCACACCGAUCAUUAAUCAACAAACAAGAUAUGAUGGCUUAUUACGUCAAAUGGGUCCAGACAAAAUGGGUUCGAUUACAAAAGGCACCCCAAUACAUACCUCCCACAGUCAGCUACAACAAGAUAAACGUGUAUACGAAUACUAUGCUAAGCAGGGACGUUUACCACCUUCACAACCUAAUAUGCCCCAACAAGCCCCUUAUCAAUAUUCGCAACCGAGGACAUCGUAUGAUCAGCAAAUCAGUUCACAAAUGACUUCUAGGCAGAUUAUCAUCGAUGAUUAUAUAACGUCUCAGCAGAUGCACAACAGAAGGCAGGAGAAGUCUCAAUUUUAUCCAACAAGUAGUCCGCAACAUCGAACACCGCCUCCACAGCAAAGUCAGCAGCGCCAAGGGGUUAUACAAAGGCACACAAGGCCGCAAUAUCAUGCACCACCUCCCGGACACGAAGCUUUGUCUACUUUGGUCGAAUUAUCUGUUCAGCAACCCAGUUUACCAGUUCCCAGUGCACCACAUGAAGGACUCGGUAAAACUAUCGCGGAUAAUAUCCUUGAACAACCGCAUAGGUUACAGAUGUUACAUCAGCAACAAAUAAGGCAGCAACAACAAAGAAUUGAUGAACAGAGAAGGGCGGCUUAUCAUCAGCAGCAACAACAACAACAACAACACCAGCAGCAACAACAACAACAACAACAACAGCAACAGCAACAACAAGUAAGGCAACAACAGCAACAGCAACAAGGUAGACAAGAUCCUAGCACGAUGACUGCUGCAAGCCUUAUAGACGCUAUAAUUACGCAUCAGAUUAAUCAAACAGCUGAUGGUGGUAGGGGAGAGGUCAUUCCCACGAGAGAGCCUCCCAGAGCUGGUGAUUCUUUAUUCCAAGUAUUCCAGCGGGAUCCUCCAGUGAGCCAGGAUAACGGUAUGAGGCCUGGGGCGAUAAUCAAUGUCGAUUUGGACAAUGAUGGUAUUAGCAAGAAUUUGACAGUGAAAGAACUGACCGAUUCAGUGAUAAGCCACGAUUUCAAUACUCGACCGGCAUAUUACCACUUACAAGAAUCGGAGCAGUGGAAGAGACGUUUGCAAGCACAACAGCAACAAAAGGAGGAGAGCAAACGGUCUGUCACUCCUCAACAACCGCCCCAGCAAGGACAAGACGAGAGGCAGAUAAUUCGAAUCGCACAGCCUCAAAAAUACCAUCAUGAGCCUGUAUCACCUCCUGAAAACAAUCAUUGGUCGGAGCAGCAACAAAACUAUAGACGGUAUCAGCAGCCUCAGUCUCAUAUAUCGCCACUGGACUACGUUAAGAAUCGAAUUGCAGAGGUGAUGCGUACUGAGGAUGAUAAGAAGGACGCGCAAGACAGUCACGGGCAAGACAAGGACAGAAGUGAUAGUCCAGGGGAAAUGGUAAUCGACGAGGAGAAGCACGAAAAUGAUUUCGGAGGAAGUCAGCAGCAGCAGCAGCAGGAGGGAGGACAACAGUCUCGACAACAACUCCAAGGGCCCCCACAGGGAAGUUAUGCCUACGCUUACGUGCAACACAAGGAUCCUACGAAUGAUGGUGCGCGAAAUAACGAACCGAAACCGCUUCUAAGUGCACAGUACGAGCCGUUAAGCGACGAAGAUUAGCGAUUAAGGAUGCGCGCUUUGUCGCGCAAUGGAGUUAUCUUUUCAGCGAAAGGAGCUUUGAAGUAACCGUUGAUUUGGUUUUUCGGCUUAGCCAAGUUCGUAGUUUGGGGGAGUAAUAGGAUUUUAGAGGGUUGCCUUGGUAAGUUUAGUUUUAGUUUUAAAGAUUAACUUGAAUGUAUAGAAUGUUUGAUUUCGUAAACCGUAUUCAACCCUCUACUGUCUUCUAGUCUCUGAACUGACGUGUUAUAAUUUGGUCAUAUAUUUGUAUAGAAAUCUUCAUAGGUGAUAUUUUUAGGUUAUGAAAGUAAAAUUUCAUUUAAUAUUUAAGAAGAGACCCUACGCGGUAUUGCUGUAAUUCGAGUCGAAUGUUGUACAUUUUAUUGUAAGACAGAGUUAUUUUGUCUUAUACCUCAUUGUUAUCUUAUUCCACGGGGAUUUUUUCUCCUUGUAGAAGCUUUGUUGAGUUACGAUUAAUAUUUCUAUUGUUCUGUAUUUAUGAAAACUCCUCAUUUGAGAGCAAAAAAUAAAGCUUUUAAUUUUUUCCCGUUUUAAUUUUUUUUGAUAUUUUGCAUAUUAUGAACAAACAGGUAAUGUGACAUGGUUUUAAAAUAGCUUUAUUUCAUUUCUUUUGGAAAGGGGGCAAGCAUUGUAUUUUGACAUAUUUCUACGUAUUUCUAUAAUGACCUUUUAAUUUAAAUUAGGUCACAGCUUAGGGAUUUAUUAACAAAAAAACCGUUAUAUAUUCUUAAUUAAAUUAGAGUGAUAUGGUUGCCCCUUAAAUUUAGAGAAUUUAGAUGUACAGGGAGUUACUUAAUGGUAUGGCCUAGUUUAAAGGAGACAUUCCUGGAUCGAUUUUAAGUUGAAAAAUUUAUAUAAAUAUGGGCCCUAAACUGCUUAGUUUUUAAGAUAUAGUGUGUUAACGUUUUAUUUUAUUUUACAGCUUUUCGAAGACUAUUUGAAAUAUUGAACUAAAUCUUGGUACAGGAUAUUUUGCUAUGAAAUAGUUAUUUAUGUAAUAAGUGUGUAAAAUUAUCCUUUUUUUAUGAAUGGGAAAUUUGACAAUUCCCAUAAACAAAAAAAAGGGAUUUUACACACGUGUAACAUACAAAAUUUUUUCUACUACAGAAGAAAACAUUCAAAAAAUCAAAGAUCUCGAAUUACUUACGCACUAGUGCGUAAAAAAGACGUCAAAAAAUGUUUUGACAAAUUAUAAGUUAAAUGUCAAAUAAACGUCAAAUCUUCAAGUCAAACGUCAAUUAUUUUUAGGCACUAGGGCGUAAAAAGUGAAACUUUACGUCUAUAUUAAGCGUCAAAACAUAUGCAUCUUCGAAAACUGACAAUAAAAUAAAACCUUAAGACAAUGUAUCUUAAAAACUGAGCAUUUUAGGACCCACGUUUAUAUGAACUUUUCGACUUGAAAUUGGUUCAGGAAUGCCCCCUUCAAAUUAUGAUAUACCACUAAGUAGCACCCUCUCUAGGUAUUUUUUCACAUUGAUUCAGAAUUUAUACAUGUUUCUAAAAUCUCGGAUUGUCUUUAUUUUUAUCGAUUUAACUGGCAGCUUUUUGGUUCUGUGGAAUAAGGUACUUGGUGAAGUUUGCAACAGUGUAGCGUCCAUACUUAGUUAAUUUUUUUAUGUAACUUUAUUAGGUAUAAUAAUAAUAUUUGUAGAUAACAUUUAUUUAAUUUACAUUUGAAUUAUUGUAAAUAAUUUGUAAACUAAAAUGGAGUAAAAAUAUCUAAUAAGUCGAGAAUUAGAAUGUAGGUGAAAAUAAGUAAGCUAUAUUAUAUUAUAAAAAUGACAAAUAUGUCUUAUAUUACGUAAGGUUUUCAUUUCUUUUUGAUUGUUUGGUUUAUGCGACGCAUAUUAUCGAUAAUAAAGUUUUUUGCAUUUCCAUACAUACUAAUUAAGAGUUUUGAUUUUUUUUGUAAUUGUUUUUUUUUUAUAAGGUGAGAGCACUUGCGUUGCUUUGAGUGCAAUUUUAUUUAGGAAUUUACGUUUGUGGUCUGUUGUAUCGAGAACUUAAAUAUUUUUAUCGAAUUCAUUAUUUUUAUUAGUACAAUAAUUCUUUUUUAUUUACAUCAAUUUAGGACGGGUAAGUUAUUCAGUGAUAUUAUUGUUUAAAGUUUAUCUUUGAAUUAACCAUGGAAUUACUUUAUGUAACUCAAAGAUCGAUUUUUUUCUAAAUCAUUGUCAAUUACUGAAAAUUUUUAAUUAACUCGAACGAAUAAUUUUCUUUUGUUAAAAAAGAAGGUAAAAAUAAAAAGUAUUUUGGAAAUUUCAAGCCUUUUGACAGAAGGUUUCACGAGGUACUGAGUGUGUAAGCAAAGUUUUUCCUGGAUGUCUCACCUGCCUGUUUUACCAAUAAUUAUGCCGGUACUGCAGAGAGUCAUGUAGUAUAAAAGUAGCAAAUGCUCAAAAAAUUUAAAGUGGUCCUAGAAAAAAAUAUUGGAAAUAAAUCUGAUCUUGUUGUCCUGUACAUAAUUUAAUAAUCAACAUCAAUAAAGAUUUUAUUAGAGUUCUAUAGCUAGUCUCAGAACCUACAGGGUGCCUUUUAGAUUUAAAAAAAAGAUUGGUAGUUUUAUUUUAUUAAAUUUUUGUAUAUUCAGGGUGGUGGGCACAGUAUUUAAUAAAACAUGGUUUUCUGUAGCAAAGUAUUGAAAUAUGUACUGAUUUAAAAAAUAUUCAUUUGGGAAUUAUGUAUGCAACAAAAUAUUUUGUAAAUGGCUUUGCUGGCAUAUGCCUAUUCUUUUGACGAAAUAUUCAAUAACGUUAUUGUAUACGUGGUGGUAUUUCCUUGAUACAACCUCUAAUUUCAGCUUUAAAUGAUUCAAUGGUUGCAGGCUUAUUGGUAUAAAGCUGUGACUUCAGAUUCCCUCCAGCCAGAACUCUGAAAGGCGUUAAAUCGCCAGAACAUCGAAGCCAAUUUCGAAACAGACCAGUCUUUGCAGUUUAGCCAGUUUUUGGACAUUGGUGACCUUUACCGCACGAAUCUGUAGUCGGAGACCCUUGAUCGUCUGACUGCAGUAUAAGGGUUUUAGACCCCAUGCAUCCUGUACCUAUUGUUCUCCGUAAUUGCCGUAUUUGAACUUUUGCCUUAUUUAUUACCUGCUCCUGGUGAGUUUGCUGCCUAAAGUAACUCCAAAAUGUCUGACGUGCUGCCCCAAUGUUAGGCGAGUCUGAUAUAUAGUCGGAUAUGUCAAAUUCCGCCUCUUAGAGCGAGAAUGAGCUUCGUCUUCUAUGGGUUGACAGGCAGCCCUGUCUCCUGACACCACUUUUCCAGCAUAUUGUGUUCACGAAUAUGCCCGUGAUGCAUAAUCAUCGUCUGCGUAUGCUUGAGCAUAGAAUCCUUCAUGUUCUUCCUGAGGAGACUGACCAUCACCAGACACCAGAGGUGUGUCGAAAGGCAACUGCCCUGUGGGCAGCCACCCUUCACCCUAAUCUCGACACGAUAAUCUCUUAGUGUAUCUUCCGGUUUUCCAGCGCCGUUUUGACCCACCUGACCAGAUGAACCGGAGUACCACUGGUCAGAACUUCUGCCAGUUUUUGCACUUCAUUUUUUUAAAACAUCCUGCAGUUUCUGAAAGGUGCCAACCUUUUCUUUCUCAAUCUUUCAAGUAUUUUUAUAAACAAAACUACAAUUCUGUAAUUUUAACUACAGUUUGGACGUUAAUUCUCAAUAAGUACAUGGACCUGGGUAAAAUUACAUAUCUUUUAAUUCAAAGUUUUGCUUUGAAGGCACUCGUGGAGUGAAACAAAACAAAACAUUUUGGCUAUGUUUUAAAUUUAAAGACUUUGCGCCGAAGUAUUAUUCCUAAGUUUUUAAACGGUUACCCUAAUGAUGGCAGGCAUCUGUAUAUUAUUAUAAAAAUUAUUAACAAAUAGAUAUAAUUUAACUCGAUGAAGUCUCGAUACAACUUACCACAGUUAGCAAGCAAAUUAGAAAAACACGAAUUGGGUUUACAUAAAAUAGUAUGUAUAUGAUAAUGCGUUGGACUUACCGUUAUAUCGGGGAUGUAUAUAUUCAUAUUAGGCUAAAACAUAAAUUUAAUAUACUAGAUAUGGUGUAAGAGAGAAAGGGAGCGGAGUGUACUGUGGGGGCGGAGCUUUCCUCCUGUUACAUACAUGUAUAUAUUUGUGAAUUUUUUAAUUUUUAUCUGUUUUACAAUGGUACAUAAUAUUUUAAGUCUGCGCUUUAGCGUCUAACCUUUAGACGAACUGAUAAUUUUUCUACACUGUAAAACAAAAUGCUUCCAGAGUUGAAUGUACACGUCGAAUUUUUUUAGUUUGUAACUACUUUCAGAUAAUGACUUGUUAUUUUGUUGAAAUAAAUCAAUAUCAGUUGGAAA